AUUUCUUUAGCCAAAAUGAAUCCGAAGGGAGGGAAAAUCAUAAACCCUAAACCAGCAGAACAUCACUCCCUCCCUCUCUCUCCCUCUAUGUAAUAUAUCCAUAUAUUUGCAAAACCUUUUGAUGUGAUACUAUGUAUCUAUGCGCGGACUUGUGUAUCUAUACAGUAUUAAUUUCUUGGAGUUGAAGACUUCUCCUCGCAGAUUCUGCUUAGGGUUUUUGGGUCGACUGUGUAAAGGGUUUUGAACCAUUUCUUUUCACCAAAUACAAUGGCGAGGCUACUUCGAAACGCCUCGUAUAUUAGGCGCUCUCUAUUGGCCCCUCAGGUUCCUGGAAAAGGUUUUUUGGUAAUGUCUUCUGAGAUGUGCAAUUUUUCUACAAAAGGUAAAAGGAAAUCUAAAUCAGAUGGAAGUGACUCCAACGAUGAAAAUCUGUCCAAAAAAGAUCUUGCCCUACAACAAGCGUUGGAUCAAAUUACUACUUCAUUUGGAAAGGGAUCUAUCAUGUGGUUGGGUCGGUCUGUCUCUCAUAAACAAGUUCCAGUGGUGUCUACAGGAUCAUUUGCUUUGGAUAUAGCUCUGGGUAUUGGUGGAUUUCCAAAGGGACGUGUUGUGGAGAUAUAUGGUCCAGAAGCUUCUGGAAAAACAACUCUUGCUCUACAUGCUAUUGCUGAAGCACAGAAGCAAGGAGGUUAUUGUGUUUUUGUUGAUGCUGAACAUGCUCUUGAUCCAGCACUUGCUGAGGCUAUUGGCGUAAAUACUGAAAAUCUGCUUCUAUCACAGCCAGAUUGUGGCGAACAAGCUCUCAGUCUUGUGGAUACCUUAAUACGGAGUGGUUCAGUAGAUGUUGUUGUUGUAGAUAGUGUUGCUGCUCUUGUGCCCAAAGGUGAACUCGAUGGUGAGAUGGGUGAUGCACACAUGGCAAUGCAAGCUAGAUUGAUGAGCCAGGCACUUCGCAAAUUGAGCCACUCUUUAUCUUUAUCACAGACGAUUUUGAUAUUUAUAAAUCAGGUCAGGUCCAAGCUAGCUACCUUUGGGUUUGGUGCGUCCACAGAAGUCACCUGUGGUGGCAAUGCUUUAAAAUUUUAUGCUUCUGUACGCCUAAACAUUAAGAGGAUAGGAUUCGUCAAGAAGGGAGAUGAGACCGUUGGGAGUCAAGUUCUAGUGAAGAUUGUGAAGAACAAGCAUGCCCCUCCAUUUAAAACUGCAGAAUUUGAGCUCGAGUUUGGCAAAGGGAUAUGUCGUGAGUCGGAACUAAUAGACUUGGGAUACAAGCACAAGUUGAUAACAAAGAUGGGAGGUCCUUUUUCCAGUAUGAAUGGUCAGACCUUUCGUGGGAGGGAUGCCCUCAAACAAUACCUUAUUGAGAACACUGAUGCUAGAGAGGAACUGGUGAUGAAGCUUAGAGAGAAGCUGCUCUACUCUCAGAUGGAGAAGGGAAAGGAGGCUGAAACGGAGGGUCUGAAUGGAGACCCUGCAGAGGUGAUUAUUUCACCAGAUUCAACUGAUGAAGAAGCAAUAGCUGAGGCAUGAGAUUGCAAAUGACCACGAGAUAUAAGUUAAAAAUGCCCCCACAUCCCUUCACAGGUUUUGUCCAAAUGCCUUCUGAAAUCUGCAGUAACAUUUUCCUGAUCGGCUGAUGAUAUUGGAUGGCUUCUCUGCUAUAAAGCUGGCCGCUCAUGCCUUACCCUCGGCAUAAUUUUCCUAAACAAGCUACCUUUUGAAUUAAUGCUGUCAUUGUACUUAUUCUGUCCUUGUAUAUCACAGUUUUGAUUUCAGAAGGAACCACUUAGAAACUGCAGGUUCCUUCUUGUGUCCUGCACUCGGCCCCAUUUUUAACUAUAAAUUGUUACAAACUGCACUUAUUGCAUUCUGGGGGCCGUGGCCCUCUACGUUUGUAGUUCAAUUUCGUAAGUGAGAAGAUAUAUUUUUCCAGCAUUUAUGCCUUCUUUUCUAUAGAAAAUCUUAAAUUCAUUUAGAU